ACAUCUUGCGCCACCCAACCCUCCACUUCCCAUCUCAUCUUCCUCCCCCUUUUCUCUCUGCAAAUCAUCUCUCCGUUAACAAACACCAAUAAAAAAGUCCACCAGAUUCAGAUGACGGACCACUGGUUGCAAUCGGCGUUAACAAACGACGUUCUGGUGGCGGAGCUUCUAUUACGAGCAAAACAUUCAUCCGAUUCAGAUUCAUCACGCCGUCAUCCACCAUCACCAACCACAUCUACUGCAAUCACAACGAUCCUUCCACCUCUCUGGGGCCAUCGGAAAAACCGAUCGAAAUCUAUUUCUCCAACCACCGCCGGGAAAGAACACCGUCGUAGUCCCACCACACAUCUGUCCUGGAGCGGCGGAAGCGGCGGCGCCGGUGGUUCUAGCAGCGACGGAUAUGACGAAUCUUGUCGGCCGUCAGAUCUCUCAUCCGGUGGAAGAUCCAUCAAGGUAAAUGAAGGUGCAUCUACCUCCAGCCACCAAAAAUCAGAAAAACGAAAGGUUUUUCAACAUGAACAGGAAUUGACAUCGACGCGAGUACCAUUAUAUCAACAAAUAUCUACAAGCGACAAUUUGAAACGAAUUAAGAUUGAUUUGGAUCAAAACCAGAGAAACAAGACGAGAGUGAUGGAAGAACAUAAACGACAAAUAAAAUCGCCAUCAAUGGCUACUCAAUCGUGUAGAAUAGAAGCAGAAACGGUAGCUCCACAAAAGGGGUUUGCGUUACCCGAUUUAAAUAGGACACCAAGUGAAGAAGAUCUCGCGAUGAUGGGCUGAGAUUGGAGAUGAUUAAGUAGAUUAUAUGUGUAGGUUGUAAGUACUUACCGAUAAGGGUAAGGAAUGCCGGCUUGAAGCAGGUUUUCUAGUGGUUUUAAUAUAGGAAUAGGAUUGCUAGAUGAAGAAUAUAAAGGAAUUUGGUAAUUUUGCAGGUUUUCAUUUUUAUUCAUCAAAUGUAAUUUUUUGUUUUUCUGGUGAUUACCUGUGUGAGUGACAAUUUGUGGUUGUUGA